CUUCUUCAAAAGCGGAGUAUUUGAAGACUGCCAUGACUUACACCCAAUCUAUCGUAUCACUAAAGUGUUUGUGUGAUAUAUUAGCUUUAAGAGUCAACCUGAUUGUACAAGAAAGACCCGCAAAUUCCGAAAAACACUUUAGAAAACCCUGGGUAUUGAACUGACUGUGCCAAGAAUAACAAGCAAAUGAACAGACACAACAUAGAUACGUCUGACAAGGAAAAUCAC